AGGGCAGGAGGAGGGGCCGGGGGCCCCCUCCCUUUCCUAGACGAGCUAGCAAACAGCGGUCAGCAGCAGGGACAGUCCAUUUCCGUCUGACCCGCCCGCGGCCGUUCCCCCACCCCGCCUUUCCUUGCACCCACCCAGCAAGCAGAGCCCACCGGAUGGACGGACGCCCCGCGCGCCGGCCGGCCGGUCGAUUCCCCCACUCCACUCGCCGCCCGCGGCUGGGCUGCGCUGCGCAUCGACGACGGACGACGACACAAUCACCCCCACCCCCCGUCCAAUCAGCAGCGGACGAGGGACGACCACGGCCCCCCGUCUGCCGCACGCGCGCCCGCUCUGCCAGCUGCUGCUACUACUGCUAAACCUCGCCCACCAGUCGCGUGAGGAAAUAGCAACCUGCUGAGCUCGCUCGUUCGCUCGCUCGCCUGCCUUCUUCCCUGGGCAAGCUAGCUAGCUAGGAUCGAGGAGGAGCUCUGCCCGGCCAUGCAGCGUGGGGAUCCGCUGGUGGUGGGCCGCAUCAUCGGCGACGUGGUGGACCCCUUCGUGCGCCGGGUGCCGCUCCGCGUCGCCUACGCCGCGCGCGAGGUCUCCAACGGCUGCGAGCUCAGGCCCUCCGCCAUCGCCGACCAGCCGCGCGUCGAGGUCGGCGGACCCGACAUGCGCACCUUCUACACCCUCGUGAUGGUAGAUCCUGAUGCGCCGAGCCCCAGCGAUCCCAACCUCAGGGAGUACCUGCACUGCAUGCUACAACACACGUACUGUCAGGAUCUUGUCUACAUUCUCCACCUCGUACGGCUGGUCACUGAUAUUCCGGCGACGACUGGAGUAUCUUUUGGGACCGAGGUCGUGUGCUACGAGAGCCCACGGCCGGUGCUGGGGAUCCACCGGGUCGUGUUUCUGCUCUUCCAGCAGCUCGGCCGGCAGACGGUGUACGCCCCGGGGUGGCGGCAGAACUUCAGCACCCGCGACUUCGCCGAGCUCUACAACCUCGGCUUGCCGGUCGCCGCCGUCUACUUCAACUGCCAGAGGGAGUCCGGAACCGGUGGGAGAAGAAUGUGAUCUCGACCCGGCCGGGUGGAAAUUAAUAAGAUGACGGGUAAUCGGGUAUAUGUAUAUAUUUAUAUAUAUAUGUAUAUGUACGUGUAUUUGAUCUGGUGGCCUUUGGUUAUAUUUGGGUGGGGUGUAUUUGAUAUAUUAUCUGUGGCAGAUUGGCGCAUUCUCUGGCGCAUAUUUGAUAGCUACAUGUAUCUAUUUAUACAGAUAUAAAGCGAGCAAUAAUAUGCAUAUGAGAGGGUUCAGCCACAUCAGUCA